AUGCAGCACAGCGUCCCUCCCUUGAACGACCAGUCGUUGCUCAAGAACGAGACCUACAUCAAUGGGAAAUGGGUCGGCGCCAAAUCCGGCAAGACCUUCGAGGUCUUCGACCCGGCGUCGGGGAAGCUCAUAGGCACGAUGCCGGAGAUGAAUAAAGAGGAUACUGAGGAAGCUAUCAAAGCUGCGGCAGCCGCUCUGCCCGGCUUUAGGAAGUUGACGGCGAGGGAGCGGUCGCGGAUGCUGCGGAAGUGGUAUCAGUUGAUGAUGGACAACGCGGACGACCUGGCCCGGCUGAUUACGUGGGAGAACGGCAAGCCGAUGGCUGAUGCGAAGGGUGAGGUUAGCUACGCAGCUGGGUUCUUUGAGUGGUUUGCAGAGGAAGCCCCGAGAGCGUAUGGGGAUACCAUUGCUGCGACGGUGCCGGGGAACAGGGUGUUCACGAUCAAGGAGCCGGUCGGAGUCUGUGGGUUGAUCACGCCGUGGAACUUUCCCGCCGCAAUGAUCACCCGCAAGAUUGGCCCAGCGCUGGCAGCGGGCUGCACCGUCGUCGCCAAAUCUCCUGGCGAGACACCCUUCACAGCCGCCGCUCUCGCCGAACUCGCCCACCGUGCCGGCAUCCCACCUGGCGUCGUCAACAUCGUCACCGCAAUGGCAAACACAGCCGAAGUCGGUGAAACCAUCACCUCCUCCGACACGGUCAAGAAAGUCUCCUUCACCGGCUCUACGCGCGUCGGCAAACUCCUCAUGAAGCAAUCCGCCGACACGCUCAAGAAGCUCUCCUUCGAGCUCGGCGGCAACGCACCUUUCAUCGUCUUCGAUGACGCCGACCUUGACGUAGCUGUCGCAGGCGCUAUCGCAUCCAAAUUCCGCUCCUCAGGCCAGACAUGCGUUUGCGCGAAUCGACUCUACAUCCAAAAGGGCAUCUACGACGACUUCGCCAAAGCCUUCACAGAAAAGGUCAAUAACUUCAAAGUCGGGUCCGGUUACGAGGAAGGUGUCACCCACGGCCCGCUAAUCCACGACCGCGCAGUCGACAAGGUCGAAGCACACGUUCAAGACGCCGUAAAGCAGGGCGGCAAAGUGUUAGCGGGCGGCCAGAAGAUGCCAGACUUGGGAUCGAAUUACUUCCAACCGACCGUCAUCCGCGACAUGACGGACAAGAUGCAGCUCUCGCACGAAGAAACUUUCGGUCCGGUGGCUGGACUAUUCCCCUUCGACACCGAAGCUGAGGUCGUGAAGCAAGCGAACUCGGCGGAGGUGGGACUGGCGGGUUACUUCUUCUCGAAGGACGUGCAGAGGUGUUAUCGCGUUGCGGAGGCGUUGGAGGUGGGGAUGGUGGGUAUUAAUACGGGGUUGAUUUCGGAUCCCGCGGCGCCGUUUGGGGGUGUCAAGCACUCGGGCUUUGGUAGGGAGGGGAGUAAGUUGGGCAUUGAGGAGUAUAUGAUUACGAAGAUGAUUACAUUGGGCGGGAUGGGGCAGCCUUUGCAGGGGUCGUGA